AUGGAGAGAAGUCAGGAAAGAGAUGGCGGUGAGGGGAUGGCAAGACGGGAGCCCGGUGUGGGGGGGCUACAACUGAGAAGGGAGAUUGGCUUGUGGAGUGCCGUGUCCCUGAUGGCUGGCUGUAUGAUUGGCUCUGGCAUUUUCAUGUCGCCACAGGGGGUCCUGGUCUACAUGGGCAGCUCUGGAGCCAGUCUUGUGGUGUGGGCAGCCUGUGGCCUCCUGGCCGUGAUGGGUGCCCUGUGCUAUGCUGAGCUGGGUGCCCUGGUUCCCAAAUCCGGAGGGGAGUAUGCCUACAUCCUGCAAAUCUUUGGCUCCUUGCCAGCCUUCCUGGUCAUCUAUACGUUUGUGUUGCUGGUCAGACCAGCGGCUAUUGCUGCUGUCUCCCUGAGCCUUGCUGAGUAUGCAGUGGCCCCCUUUUACUCUGGCUGCUCCUCGAUGCCCCAGGCUGUGCUCAAGGGUGUGGCUGCCACCUGCAUCCUGCUGCUGAUGCUGGUCAACUGCUGGAGCUCACGGCUGACCACCAUGCUGAUGAACGUGUGCACGGUCGCCAAAGUGUUCUCGUUGCUAAUCAUCGUGGUGGGUGGGGCUGUGGUGUUGAGCCAGGGCCAUGGCCACACGGAAGCCUUUCUGUUUGCCUUCCACAACACAACACAUCAGUCUGGGCGCAUUGGCAUGGCCAUCUACCAGGGCAUGUGGUCCUUUGAUGGCUGGAAUAAUGUCAACUAUGUGGUGGAAGAACUCAAGAACCCAAAGCAGAACCUGGUGUGGGCAGUGAUGAUCGCCAUCCCCUUGGUCACCAGCCUGUACCUCCUGGUCAACAUCAGCUACCUGCUAGUGUUGUCACCCACUGAGAUCCUUUCCUCUGAUGCUAUGGCUGUGAGCUGGGGGAACCAGGUGCUGGGGGCCUGGGCCUGGCUGGUACCCUUGGCUGUCGUACUCUCGACAUUUGGCUCUGCUAACGGGGCAUUCUUCGGUGGAAGCCGUGUGUGCUAUGCGGCUGCGAGAGAAGGCCACAUGCCCCAACUUCUGUCCAUGGUUCAUGUGCAUCGCCUCACACCGACUCCGGCCCUGAUGUUUACCUCGGCAGUGGCUUUGAUCCUGGUCAUCCCAGGAAGCUUCGGCACCAUUGUGAACUUCUUGAGCUUCCUUGGCUGGAUCACCUAUGGAACCACCAUUGGCUGCCUCUUGUACUUGCGAAUAAAGAAGAAGAAUCUUCCUCGACCUUACAAGGUCCCCACCAUCGUCCCUGUCAUCAUGCUCCUUGCUUCUCUCUACCUGGUGCUGGCUCCUGUCAUCGACCACCCCCAGAUUGAGUUCCUGUACAUCUUUCUGUUCCUACUCAGUGGCAUCCCGGUCUAUUUCCUGUUUGUCUACUGCCAGUGCCAGCCCAAGUGUUUGCAGAUGGCCACCUUGUAUCUCCAACUGCUCUUGGAAGUUGCUCCAACCGCUAAAAAUGUUGACUAAAGGACAGGACAGGUGUGCACUGCCCUCCUUGCUACAGACACCUUUAUCCCCACACAAGUGGCCUUUGCAAGCUUCUCUGUAGGUUGACUGUACAUAAUUCUAAUGAGCAACUGGAAUGCUAAAUACAGCUGUUGUGAAGAUUUGGGAGCAUCCAGCCAGGACAGCAUCCCCCCUUCUCUGAGGACUGCUCCUUCAGUGCAGGUAGAUCUCGCAGCCACAUUGAUAUUACACGGCUGCCUCUCUGGGUAUGGCUAUUUAAUAUUCCAGGUGGGGAGUAUGAAAUACAUUCCCUCCUUUGGGGAUUUUGGAGUUAGAAUUCUGAUGGUUGCCUAACCUGAGGAUUUGUAAAUCUUGGGCUCUAUAUGAGACCAUCUUCCGUUAUCAGGCAGAGAAGCAGAGAAAGUUCCUGUGGAGAGAAGAUUGAAGAUACACAGUGAAAUGAUGUUGAGAAUUAAGUGGUCCCUGAGAGCUGAGGGAAUGACCUGAGAGGUAGCAGCCUGGAUCCCUGGCUCUUUUUUAGUUCUGGUUUCUGUCCUUCUAUGGCCCAACUGCCAUCUAGCUGUUCUUCCUUCUUUUUGAUCAUC